AUUAUCGUAAUAAAUUCAUAUAUGUGGAUGAGUAUGAAUAUGAUGAAAGCUAUAAUAUGACUUCAUACGACUGCGAGAGAAUAUGCUGGAACGAUUGCUCUUGUGCAGCCUACUCUUCUGCAACCAAAAAUGGUAUAGGCUGCAAAACUUAUGCUAAAAUGAUAUACAAUCCAAAAGAAGCUGACCAAGAAAUGCGUUAUUUUCCCAUUGUUCAUAUAGGAAAAAAGAAGAGGAUAUGGAUAGUCGUCGUCGUGAUUGGAUCUUUAGCUCCACUUGUAUGGCUAUCAUGUUAUCUGGUAUACAAGAAGCUACAUGUUAGAGGGAAAGGCAAGAAAAUCCAAGAGUUGUUGCUGUAUCAGCUGAGACGCUUCUACAAUUAUGUCCGAACAGAUAAGAAAAUGAAUACUGAGCUGCAUUAUUUCACCUUUCAAAGCAUCUCAUCUGCCACAAACGGUUUCUCAACCACUAACAAGUUAGGAGAGGGGGGCUUCGGAGCAGUUUAUAAGGGAAAAUUAGCGGAUGGGCAAGAGGUUGCGGUGAAACGACUUUCAAGAAGCUCUGCACAAGGAGUAAAGGAGUUCAAGAAUGAAACUGAACUCAUUGCCAAACUUCAGCAUGUGAAUCUUGUGAGGCUUAUAGGGUGUUGCAUUGAAAAGCAAGAGAAAAUUCUUGUAUAUGAGUACAUGCCUAAUAAUAGCUUGGAUUUCUUUCUAUUUGAUCCAAGAAAGAAAGGGUUACUGAAUUGGAACAGUCGUUUUAUAAUCAUUGACGGAAUUGCUCAGGGACUUCUAUAUCUACAUAAGUUUUCAAGGCUGAGGGUAAUUCAUAGAGAUCUUAAAGCCAGUAACAUCUUGCUAGAUGACUACCUGAAGCCAAAAAUAUCAGAUUUUGGCAUGGCUAAGUUAUUUGGGAUCAAUGAAUCUCAAGCAAAUACAAGUAGAGUCGUUGGAACACGUGGUUAUAUGCCUCCAGAAUAUCUGAUAGAUGGCACCAUUUCAACCAAGAUAGACGUCUUUGGUUUUGGUGUGUUGUUGAUUGAGAUCGCAUGGGAAUUGUGGAAUGAAGGCCGAGGUUUGGAGUUGAUGGAUCCAGUACUCGAAGAUUCAAGCACUCCCAAGGAAGUAAUGACAUGCAUUCAUGUGGGUCUGUUAUGUGUUCAAGAUAGUGCUGCGGAUAGACCGACCAUGUCAGAAGUUAUUUCUAUGCUUACAAAUGGAAAUAUGCAUCUACCAGAACCAAAACAGCCAGCUUUCUUCAUUCAGAGACAUGAUGCAGAAACACACUUUUCAGGUGAACAGGUAAAUCAAAGACUUUGGGUAGCAAACAGAAACAACCCAAUCCCAGAUAUAUACGGGAAGCUAAUGAUAGAUGUUCAUGGCGAGCUGAGAAUCUUAUCCGGUGAAGCCACUGUUCUUGAUCUCUUUAGUCCGGAUUCCCUAGUAAUACGAAAUGCCAGUGCUAGACUGUUGGAUUCUGGAAAUUUUGUGCUACAAGAAUUGUAUCCGGAUGGGUCUGCUAAACGGGUUCUAUGGCAAAGCUUUGAUUAUCCAACAGACACGCUUUUACCUGGGAUGAAACUCGGCAUUAAUCUCAAGACCGGGCACAGAUGGUCACUCACCUCUUGGCGAAGCCAUGAGCUACCAGCUAACGGGUCAUUUACGUUAGCAGUAGACUCCAAUAAUGGCACAGAUCAAGUGGUUUUCCUUAGGCGAGGGAACAUCUACUGGAAAAGUGGACCAUGGCAGGAUGGUAGAUUUGUGAACUUAAAUCAGUCUUCGGAUCCAGAUGAACACUCGUACUAUAUUUCUAAUGAGACCGAGAUAUCCUUCUCCUAUUUAACAAAAACAUAUAAUUCGUUUCCAUAUGUGAGGAUAUAUCCAGAUGGAAUGUAUUCGGGAAAAUCUGGCUUCAAGCUAAAAUGCCAGUCAGUUAAUGACCCUCCUGGUUGUACUGAAGUUGAGUUUGAAAAGUUAAAAUGCAGGAAAGGUUAUUACAUUUCUGAAACAUAUGGAUACGUUUUUGAGGAAGAGUACAUAUAUGAUGAAAGCUAUAACUUGAGUUUGUAUGAUUGCAAAAGAAUAUGCUGGAGCAAUUGUUCUUGUGUAGCCUAUACCUAUGCAACCCGAAAUUUGGUAGGCUGCAAGACUUACAGUAAAAUGAGAUACAAUCCAGCAGAAGCUGACCGAGACACAAAAUAUUUCGCAAUUAUGUUUCUUGAAGAAGAGCGAAAGAUGUGGAAUAGAAGGAAGUUGAUUUGGUUGAUUAUCGGGAUUGGAUCAUUAGCUCCAGCACUCCUAUCAUGUUAUUUGGUAGACAAGAAGCUACAUGUCAGAGGUAAAGCAAUGAAAAUCCAAAAGCAGUCGCUACAUCAGCUGACAGGCUUCUACAAUGCUGUACCAACAGAUAUGAAAAUGAAAUCUGAGGUGCACUAUUUCACCUUUCAAAGCAUAUCAUCUGCCACAGAUAGUUUUUCAAGUACAAAUAAGCUUGGAGAGGGGGGCUUCGGAGAAGUUUAUAAGGGUAUACUAGUUGAUGGGCAAGAGGUUGCAGUAAAAAGACUUUCAAGAAACUCUGGACAAGGAGUCAAGGAGUUUAAGAAUGAAAUCGAACUCAUUGCCAAACUUCAACACACCAAUCUUGUCAAGCUUUUAGGAUGUUGCUUUGAAAAGGAAGAAAAAAUCCUUGUAUAUGAGCUCAUGCCUAAUAGUAGCUUGGAUUCCUUCCUAUUUGAUCCUAGGAAGAAAGGAUUACUGAAAUGGAAGAAGCGGUUUCUGAUAAUUGAUGGCAUUGCACAAGGUCUUGUAUAUCUUCAUAAGUUUUCAAGACUUCGGGUAAUUCAUAGAGACUUAAAAGCCAAUAAUAUCUUGCUAGAUGCCGAUCUAAAUCCAAAGAUAUCAGAUUUUGGCAUGGCUAAGUUAUUUGGUCAAAACGAUUCCGGAGCAAAGACAAGUAGAAUCGUUGGAACACGUGGUUAUAUGCCGCCAGAGUAUAUGAUGGAAGGCAAUGUUUCCACAAAGACAGAUGUCUUCGGUUUUGGUGUUUUGCUCCUUGAAAUUGUAAGCGGCAAGAUUAAUCAUGGGAGCUAUGACUUGGAACAUCCACUUAACCUUCCAGGACAUGCAUGGGAGCUAUGGAAUGAAGGCAGAGGUCUAGAGUUGAUGGAUCCAAUACUUGAAGACUCUUGCUCUCGUAUAGAAGUAAUGAAAUGCAUUCAUGUGGGACUCUUGUGUGUUCAAGAUCAUGAAGCAGACAGACCUACUAUGUCGGAAGUUAUAUAUAUGCUCACUAAUGUAAAUAUGGAGUUACCCGAGCCAAAACGACCAGCAUUCUACAUAGAGAGGCAUGAAGCAGAGGAAGCAAGAGUUAAGGAUUUGGGAAAUGGGUCCGUUAAUGGACAAUCAGUAUCAGUUUUAGUUGCUAGAUAGAAGCAAGAGUAUAAACAUGUAUUGUAUCAUCAUAACAUAAUGGGUCAUCAAGUCUACAAAUGUAUCGUGAAUGAAUUUUAUAAAACUUGCAGGUAUUAAUAC